ACAAAUAACCAUGUGACUGGUUGUAUAGAGGGAACAAAGAAGAUGAAAGAUCUAGAAGAUUUAUUUGAACGAGAAUUGGUUCAAAGAUCAGCUACAGCCAUUGCUAAACAAACAGAAUCAGUACCACCACCAUGUUCUAAUAGACAUCAUCAUCAUCAUCAUCAUCAUUCACAUUGUCAAGAAAGUAGUGACAGUGAUUCCGAUGAUUCUAGUUCAAGUUCUGACUCUGAUGAAGAAGUAAAUGCCAGGAUGGAAGAAUUAGAAAGAAAGAGAAAACAUCCUCAUCUUUUACAUCCAGAACUCUGGUACAAUGAACCUGGGCAGGUAAAUGAUGGACCGUUAUGUAGAUGUAGUUUAAAAUCACAACAAACUGGAAUCAGACAUAAUAUAUACCCUGGAGAAGAAGAAAUAACUAUAUGUGAUAUGGGUAGCAAUAAUAAAGAUAAACUCUUUCAUUAUCGUGUUGCUAUGUCUCCACCUACCAACUUUCUAACUAAAUGUCCAACUAUUAUAGAAUUUGAUAAUCAUGAAUAUAUAUUUGAAGGCUUCUCAAUCUUCUCCCAUUAUCAACUUGAAAAGAUGCCAAUUUGUCGUGUAAUAAGAUUUAAUAUAGAAUAUACCAUACAUUUUAUACAAGAACCAAUACCAGAGAACUAUACUGUCAGAUCUUUAGACUUGUUUACCCAGUAUUUAUUCAAUGAGAUAUUAGAGUUAAUGGAUAUUGAUUGGAGAGGGCCUGGAAGUAAGAGUACAAGUGCUUGUCAUAUCAUGCAUUUAAUGCCCAGAUUCUCCAGAUCUCUUCCAGAAAAUGGUAAAGAAGUUUUAUCUAUGAAUGAAGUUUUGUCAUUCCUGAUUAAAAGUUCCAAACUAUUAAUAGAUCCUGUCAAGUUGCCACGGUUACUAGAACUAGAUGUUAGUGACUGGCAAAACUUUAUAGAUGCUCAUCGUGGGAUGAUUGUCUUCUACCCAGGCAAGCGUCCAUGUGCCCUUCGAAUAGAUCAACUGGAUCGUAAACAGGAAAAUCCUGAUGUUAAAACAUUUCCUUUAAUUAUUCACUUUGGUUCCCGUCCAGCACAGCUUAGUUAUGUAGGAGAUCCAGCAUAUCAGAGAUUAUGGAAACAGUAUAUUAAAUUUCGUCAUCUGUUAUCAAGUAAACCAAAAGUUUCCGCCAGUGAUAAAAUAAAACUCAAUCUAAAAGAACAAGCUUUACAAGAAUUACGAACCAAAAGUACAAUGAAGAGAGAAGUUACAGUAGAGAUAAGUUCUGAGGGUUUUAUUUGUACAGGUUUAAAAGCUGAUAUCAGUCAGCAUGCGAUGUUGAUACCUGUUUUACUAGGUCAUCUACGUUUCCACAAAUGUCUUUAUGUCCUGGAGAAAGAAAUAAAUUAUAAAUUUAAAGAUAGAUAUUUAUUACAGUUGGCUUUAACUCAUACCUCAUACAGAGUUAAUUACGGCACCAAUCCUGAUCACGCUCGUAAUUCACUGGCUAAUGCUGGCAGACGACAAGUUGAGUAUGGUAGCAGAAAGGUUCUCAUGCAAAAUACCAGGAAAAGAGGUUUAAAUAUAUUAAUUGAUAUUAUGUCUAGAAUGGGUAAAGGAGAAGAAACCUUGUCUGAGAUUCCACACAACGAAAGAUUGGAAUUCCUUGGUGAUGCAGUGGUCGAAUUCUUAUCAAGUGUUCAUCUAUUUUAUAUGUUUCCAUGGUUAGAAGAGGGAGGAUUAUCAACAUACAGAACAGCCAUAGUACAAAAUCAACAUCUGGCUAUUCUAGCAAAGAAAUUACGUUUACAAGAAUUUAUGAUGUAUGCUCACGGACCAGAUUUAUGCCAUGAAUAUGAUCUAAGACAUGCUAUGGCUAAUUGUUUUGAAGCUCUCAUGGGUGCGUUAUUUAUAGAUGGUGGUAUAGAGUUAGCGGAUAGAAUAUUUGGUGAAACAUUGUUUGGUGAUGACGCAGAGUUACUAGCUACAUGGCGUGAUGUACCCCAUCAUCCUCUACAGGAAGAUCAACCAGACGGUGAUAGACAGUGGAUUGAAUCUAGUCACAUAUUACAGAAAUUACUCAUGUUUGAAGAAUCAAUUGGUGUAGAGUUUGAUCAUAUUCGACUGUUAGCUCGAGCUUUUACUCCUAGAAAUGUUGGAUAUACCAAUCUAACACUGGGUCAUAAUCAAAGAUUAGAGUUUUUAGGUGAUACAGUAUUACAGUUAAUAGCUUCUGAAUACCUCUUUAAACAUUUUCCUGAACAUCAUGAAGGACAUUUAACAUUAUUACGGAGUUCUUUAGUUAAUAAUCGUACGCAGUCUAUUGUGUGUGAUGAUCUGGGUAUGACAGAGUAUGUUAUAUAUGACAGACAUAUCCGUGAUAAAGGACUACUUAAAACUAAAGAAAAGGCUGAUUUACUGGAAGCAUUUAUUGGAGCAUUUUAUGUUGAUAAAGAUUUAGAUUAUUGUCGUGUUUUCUGUGAUGUUUGUUUCUUCCCACGAUUACAGGAUUUUAUUCUGAAUCAAGAUUGGAAUGAUCCCAAAUCUCAGUUACAACAAUGUUGUUUAACAUUACGGGAAUUAGAUGGUGGGGAACCUGAUAUUCCAGUCUACAAGGUCAUUGAAUCUAAAGGUCCUACGAAUACCAGGAUGUAUGUGGUAGCUGUUUACUUCCGGGGUGAAAGGUUAGCUACUGGUCAAGGUCACAGUAUACAACAAGCAGAAAUGUCAGCUGCUACAAAUGCUAUGAAUGUAAGACAAGAGCUUUUCCCGAUAAUAAUCCACCAAAAGAGAUUUUUGGAAAGUCGUCACAGAAACUUCUCCAGAUUGAAAGAUGGCCGAGGUGAUUCUUCCAGUGAAUCAAGUCCGUCGUCAAGGAAACGUUCCAGAUCUAGAAGUAGUGUGCGCAGAAAAUAGGACAAGAAACCAUUUUCAUUCCAUGAUAAUUUUUGUUCUCGUUCACUGAGACUAUUAUGAUUAUUAUUUGUCUCUUGCUUGGGGGUGGUCAAGGGGUCUGACGUGUGCACUGUAGAUCAUAAGGUCUGUUAAUGAGUCAAGUGUCAUGGUUUUGAUCCCAAGCUUGUAUGUGACAAGGAGAUGGAUCGCCCACCUAACCUCGUGGGUUUUCUCUGGGCCUCUUGUUUCCUCCCACUGCUAAAAUUGAAAUUGGUUUAUAUCAAAUGGAUGGUAAACCUCAUCUCCCUUUUGCUAUGAAUCAUUCUGGACAGUGUCAGUUUUUAUGUGCCAUCUUGAAAUGGUCGUGAAAUUAAGUAUGAUUGUGUUCUUCCUCUAUUCGAUACAAAUGUGGCUUUCACUCAAUAUUUAUAACCUGCCCUUGAUUGGAUCGAAUGUUUAAAGAGUUUAAUAUGAAUUGCACUGAUCACAGUAUUUUCUGCACAUUAGAAAUGGAAUAGUAAUUUAUUGUUAAAUUACAACAUUUCCUUGCAGGACACCAAGAUCUGACAAUCAGUUUAAGUUAUAACUAAUUUUGUUGGAAAUCCAUAAAGGUUCCUAGUGCUAGUUUCAAACUCAUAUAUUUAUAUGAGUACAUGUGUUUCAUAUGAAAAUCAGGAUAAUAUUUCAAAUUUAUAUUUAGUGCUCCAUUUAAUUAAGAUCUUUUUUUUUUUGUAUUAUAAAGUGUAUUAUUUAAUUGUUUUAUAUUUUGGAUACAUACAUGUAUUAUGGUAUAUAUUCCAGGCCUGGAAAUAACGGUUUUAGAUGUACCUGACAAAAUGUCAGGCACUAAUAAAAUAGUACCCGACAUGUAUUAAUAAUAUCAAUAAAAAACAUCAACAAAAUGACAGGCACCAGAGGUUUUGUGCCUGACAAAACAAUGUUAUACAAUCAUUGAUGUCCAGUGGAAAAAUUGUGUAAAUUGGAUUAUGACUUUCUGUAGUUAUAUCAAGUGAUUUUUUGAAUGGUUAUAGUUUGAAGUCAAUGUCAUUUUGUAUGUGGCUUUUUGUGUGGCUAUAUAAAGUGACCUUUUGUAUGGUUAUAUAAAGUCAGUUUGUAUGGUUAUAUAAAGUGACUUUUUGUAUGGUUAUACAGUGACUUUUUGUAUGGUUAUAAAGUGACUUUUUGUAUGGUUUUAAAGUGACUUUUUGUAUAAAGUGACCUUUUGAAAGGUUAUAAAGUGACUUUUUGUAUUUUUGUAUGGUUAUAAAGUGACUUUUUGUAUGGUUAUAUAAAGUCAGUUUGUAUAGUUAUAUAAAGUGACUUUUUGUAUGGUUAUAAAGUAACUUUUUGUAUGGUAAUACACAAUGACUUAGUUGUAUGGUUAUAUAAAGUGACUAUUUGUAUUGUUAUAUGAAAUGACUCUUUGUAUUGUUGUACUGUAUCAUUUUUCAAGUCACUGUUUGUAUAGAUAUAUAAAAUGACCUUUUGUAUGUGAAUAUCAAGUGUAAAUGAUUUUGUAUCUGUGUUCAAUUGCAUACAUGUGAAGUAGAUUUAGUGAUACUAUAGUGCUAUAUUUUACACCUAUUUAUUUGUUAGUAAAAUUUCAGUUCAUUUGUAUUAUAUAAACAUUUCAUUUAAUUAAAUGAAAGGCCAUUUCACAACAGCAUGUCAUUUGUAGCAUUCCAAAACCCUCCCAUCGAUAUCUAUUCCGUCUAUGUCAAAUAGCUUGUAUGUUUCAUGUGACUGUGGUACACACGACCACAAUCAGACUAAAACACAGAUCCUAUUUCGUUUUGUUUUCUAUAGUUCAGAAUUUUGUUCUACUUGUCUUUGCUACACUAGGAUCUGGAAGAGUUGUUAUCAUUGACGUGUUCUGGAUGAUGUGAGCAAUUAGCCAAUGAAACGGUCUGUUACGACAAGCUUUUGGCAUGAGGUGCACGGAACUCUGGGUAAUCCACUAGAAACAUCAAUGCUGAUUGGUUAAUCAAAUAUCUGAUGUCAUAGGGUCAAAAGCCACUCGUAUGAUCUCUGACGCGACCUCCCAAAACAACUGAUCAGAUCUUCAUGUAGUGUCGGCUAUUGAAAAUAUAAAAACGAAACAAAAUAUAGAUCUGCAUUUUAAUCAGAUUGACUUGGCCACUGAGCAUGGCUUCGAUGUUUGGAGUGAUCUAUAAAUUGAUUAUUAGAUUACAAAAGUGGUUGUCUUGAUCUGAAAUUUCAUUUGUAAAAGAUCAUAAGAAAGAAAGAAAUUUAUUAAUUCUUGGUAAAA